AUGGCCGCCGUUUUGCAUUUCCGGCGGCCGCUACAUUCAAGCACAGAAAAUGAAGACGCAGGACAACCCGGAACCGGUAUUGCCUGCGGGACCGGGUCCGGACCCGUGUCACAGCUAUGCUCCCUAGCUCACUCAUCCUUGCUAGUAUUUUUCAAAUCCGACCCGUGUACCGUACCCGACCCGACCCGACCCGAGCCCCGUGCCCUCCAAACAUCCAAACCAAUCCGAACUCAUCAAACUUCCAAAAACAAACAUAACUCGUCAAUCAUGCAGGCAGGUAAUUCACCCAUCGAAUCCCUUUCGGAACCAACCAUCAGACCUGAGGCUACAGAGUUGGCGCUGACGGAGUCUCAACACAUAGACCCAAGUGUGUUAGGUGGAGCAAACAACAAACAGGCUGAACGCAGCACGUCAGCGCCCCCUGUAGAAGAAGCAGCGGAAAAGUUGAGUCCUGCUGUCGAAGGACCUAAACCACGGGCUGCCAAGGACUCUGUCGAAAAGGACGCUCAACCAUCCACAAAAGAGAAGACCACGGAGCUCAAUGCUGCAAUGCAGUUUUUGGACAGCAUCAUGGUGGAAGGAGGCGGCGCCUUGAAGGAUCUUCAUUUCAAGAAGGAUGACUCCACUGAUGCAACUCGAGGAGAAUCCCAAGUUGACGAGGGUAGCCUGACUCGAGACCAACUCAUAGAGCUCAAACGCGCUCAAUAUGCGAAGAUGGCCAGAACUUACCAUCGUCUCAAAACUGCCAUGAAGGAAGAAGGUGUCGAUGAAGACAAGCAAGGUAUUGAAGGAGAGGUAGAAGAUUUGACUGGAUCUCUGGCUAGGGUUAAAUUUUCUUUGGACACUAAAGGACGAGAGCUGGACCGCCUCAUUUCCAAAAAUGACCCCGACAUUCAAAUCACCUCUGCCUUAAUCGUGGUACCUGAUCCUACUCCGAAACGUGGUCAAAACGUGGCCACGAAGCGUAAAGUACCAAUGGGGAAGGCUAAAUCUGUUGCCACCACAGUGAAUCCCAGCAUGUUCCUUGACUUGGAAGCGGAAGAAGGAGAAGAUUCAUCAGACGACAAUGAGAAGAAGCGCCCUGCCAAGAAACCUCGACAAGACCCUAAGAGUUCCGAAUUCGUUACUGAAGCGGAUGAUCCUAAGCUAGCUCAGUCUACCAGCAAAAAGGAGGAGGUUGUAGAAGCAAAGGCUAUCAAGAAGGCGAAGAAAAGUGGUACUGGGGAAAAGCCCAAGAAACCUAGUGUUUAUAAGAUGCCUGAAAGCAAAUUCUGCAUCUACGCGAGGAAGAAUGUCGACAUCACAGCGGCAUCACAUCUGUCAUUAUUCUCUAUCUUUAACUGUUUCUUACUCAUCCUUUGUGCUAAUUACGUGCCGCGCAUCAUACUGAUCAAUGGUCCUUGCUUAUUUGUAGAAAUCACGACAUCAAUUACUCAAGUGGAAGCUGAGUUUAUAGAAAGGAUGGAAAAGAAGAUCACCAACAACUCAUUCAACUGGGGUGAAACACUCAGUCAGCCUGUCAAAUUCCUGUUAUGUAGAUGGAGCUAUGAUUCUGCAACUGAACACGGCAAGCCCACAUUCGAGGAUCUAGAGCCUCAUAUAUUGAUGAUGAAGUCCUUUGGAGAAGAUGAUGAGUUCCUCUGGCAUCUCAAAGGUGCUCCUAGGCUUAUGCAAGUCUCUUCUCAAGAUCCGUACUUUGCGCCUGAACUCCUGAAGUGGGAUCUUAUCUCGAAGUCCAAAAACUACGUCUGGGACAAGACCAACGGGCUUUUCCGCGCUCUACAUGGCAUGUGUUGUAGAUUUGACACAUCUACUGACUGGACUGACGAACCUACGCUCCUCAAGCAAAUCAGGGACGGUUACACUUCAAUUCGUACUAUUUACAAUCAAGGUUUACAACAUAUUUCAUCUUCCACUAUUCAUGACAAUAUUGAAAUAGAAGUCGAAGGGGAUUUAGCAGUACCUGAAGAAUUCGUACCAUUCUCUCAAGCUUGCGGGUGGAUUUAUCAGCAAAUAGUCAUGAACACGGAUCCUGAGGAAUCCGAUAGAAAGAUCAAGACUUCUAAGCGGGACUUGGCUGCCUUACAACGACGUUAUUUCUUAGUUUUACUAGGUAUCAUGAUGGUGUAUGAGUCUCAUAUGUACAAUGCAGAAUGUGUUUUAGCUGAACAGAGAGGCAUGUCUGGGGAGGAAUUAGCUGAUUACAAGAAGAAAACAUCGGAAUUAACUUGCUUAAAUCAAUUAGUCAGAGCUAAUGUCAAGAACAAAAUUAUUUUGAUGAAGAAGUCGAAGACAUCUAAGAAGAUUACAGCCCCUCCAGCAGCCUCCACUGAACUUAUUCAAAAUGAUGGUCAAUUACAAGUCAGCACGAAAGAAGUAAGCCUCGAUCUCUCACUACUUCGAAAAGAAGCACUCCAAUCUCUAGCCCUAUUCCUCACAUUCGGCACCUCAGGAUUAAUUCACGUAUGGACAAGGUUCAAAGAUCAAAACAUGCAUGAGGCUGUGAGAUUAAUCAUGUUAUCAACUAUGUUCAUGGAUCAAAAGGGUAAAGCUAAACCCCCAAGAAAGCAUGUGUUUGGAGAUAGAGCAUGGGCCAGACUUGACAAUCAUGUUUAUUGUGUUUUACGAAAGUUCAUGAAUGGUCACAAAUUUGCUACAGAUAUCAGGUGGCCUCAAAUGACUUCAAUCUUUACUCAAGAAUUUGAUUUUCCUGUUAUAGCUAAGCUUUUUACCUUAGACUUAUUUACUGAAUUUGGUGCGCCUAAAUGUAGUAGAGGUAUCAAUGGUCUGGUGGUGAACGAAGUUGACAUCAAGAGCAAGACCAAGCAGGAUUGGGAUCCAUAUGCCCCUCAUUCAGAAUCAUUCCGCCGCAUCUUUGGUCCGACUGAAGGACCGCCUAAGGCGGUCAAGCGCAACACUCAAGCUGUUGAUGUAAAUUUGGGACCUGGAGGUGGCUUUAUGAGAGGUCCUCCUGCUGAGCAGUCAGGCUCAAAUGCACCUGGACCCCAAGAGGUACUCGAUGAUGAUGAUGGAGGAUCUGAAAAAUCUGUGGGUGAUGGUGAGGAAGAAAGUGAACAGGAAGAGGAGUAG